AUGCCCGGCCGGAUGGUUAAGCUUGUGACACUUGCUCCCGACUUCUCCUCCUUUCUUCUCCCUUUUCCGCCGUCUCCUCCAUUUUUCCCGUCCUCUGCUCCUCAAACGCGACCACCGCUCGUCCGGUCGAUUUGCUGCCUCCAUCUGCGAAGAACAAUCGCCGACGCAGGGAGACGAAGUCGAAGAUGCAGACGAACACGAAGUCGAAGACGCAGACGAACACAUCCCCUUGUUCGACGAAGACGCAUCUGCGUUCGUCGACCCUCCUUCUCCGUUUUUCCAACCGGCAGUCCUGGUCGCCGUCUCCAUCUGCCCUCCCCAUCUCACCGGUGCAUCUGCCCUCCUAAUCUCACCGCCUCCUUGCUCGAUUUCUUCCCCAAGAUAGAUGUUCUGUUAUUGACCACUACACAAUCUAUGUUUGAAGUUCAAUUAAACGGUUUAACCCAUAGUUGCACUCGAUCCACCAGCAGUACAACCCAACAACCACCACUACAACCCAACAACCACCACUACACUCAGUGUGACAGCACCGGUGAGCUAUGGGGAAGCACAACAACGAUAACAGAAGUUGUUAGGCAGCGCAUGACGAUUACAAUACUGCAGUUUUCCACUGGUGGCGUACUAGCGAUUCAAUUUUUUUGUCCUUUAUUGUGA